GGAGCGGGGCGGGGGUGUCACGUGUCACGCGGCGGGGGGCUGGGGGCUCCGGCCCCGUGUCUCCCGUACCCCCGCUGCCGUGCUCCCGGUCGGCGGAGGGCCGGGCCAGCCCUCCGGGGCGGAGCGGCUCCCGCAGCCCGGUGACUCCGGAGCCGUGGUGGGGCGGGACGGCGGGCUGGAGGUGGUGGCGGCACUGACUCCGCCGGCGGCCCCUACGGGGGUCGGACCUCUCCGGGCGGGGCGCCGAGGGACCCCCGCCAUAUGCAGCCCCGGUCCCGAGGGCAGCCCCUGCCAGCUCUCCCCGGGAAGCCGCCUGUCGUUCCCCUUCUCCGUCCUGGCGUUUCUCCGCCGUCUGGCGCGGGCGGGAGGGCGGCCGCGGCGCGUUGCUUGACGCCAGCCCGCGGAGCCCCGGAGCACGGCCCGCCUGUUCGCGGGGCGCUCCCGGGGCCUCGCGGGUGACGGUGCAGCCCGGCGCCCUGGCAGAGGGUGCUGGAGGGACUGGGCUUCCAGUGUCUCGCUGCCCAGAUCUGCCGGUGUGGAUGGGCCCUCUGUGGGCUUCGGGAGCCCUCUUCAUCUUGGGGGAUGCCAGGGAUUCGGUCAUCCCACUCCAGGAGGGCCACGUGUACCAUCUCUCAGCUUCUCACCACUUCUGCUAUACCAACACACGCGUCCCGCAAUGGCACGACAUAUGGACCAGGAUGCAGAUCCGGGUCAACAGCAGCCAGAUGAUCCGAGUGACCCAGGUGGACAGCGAGGAGGACCUGGAGGAGUGGAACAUGUGGAACAUCAUUUUUUCGUUCCUGAAGGAGAAGCUGAAUGACACCAGCAUCGAUGUGGAUCUCUACAGCAACAAAACGUGCCUGAAGGUUGAGCUGCUGGAGGCCGGCACCACAUACUGCAUUGUCCUCUUCCGACGCUUUGACCCUAAGCUGUUCCUGGUUUUCUUCCUCGGCCUGUUGUUGUUCUUCUGUGGGGACAUGCUGAGCAGGAGCCAACUCUUCUACUACUCGGCUGGGAUUAGUUUUGGUUUGUUGGCCUCGCUGCUCAUCCUUGUCUACAUGAUGUCCAGGGUCAUGCCCAAGAAAAGUCCUGUUUACUUCCUGCUGGUAGGAGGCUGGUCCUUUUCCCUGUACCUGCUUCAGUUGGUCUUCAAGAACCUACGGGAGAUAUGCAAGUUCUACUGGCAGUACCUCCUAGGCUACCUGCUGCUCAUGGGCUUCGUGAGCUUUGGUGUGUGCUACAGGUAUGGCCCACUGGAGAAUGAGCGCAGCAUCAACCUCCUCUCCUGGGCCCUGCAGCUCCUGGGGCUGUUGCUGAUGUACGCAGGCAUCCAGAUCCAUCCCAUUGCCUUGGUCUUGGUGGUCAUCGCCAUCUGCACCAAGAACCUGGACUACCCUCUGCAGUGGGCCUUUGCUGCCUACAGCAGGAGAGUGCAGAGUGCCAGGCCCAAGCCAAACGCGCCUCGCCUGCUAACGGAGGAGGAGUACCGGAUCCAAGGCGAGAUGGAGACGCGCAAGGCCCUUGAAGAGCUUCGAAGUUACUGCAAAAGCCCCGAUUUCUCUGCCUGGACAGUAGUCUCCCGCAUCCAGUCUCCCAAAAGGUUUGCUGACUUUGUGAGUGGUGCUUGUCAUGUCACCCCCAACGAGGUCUCUGUCCACGAGCGGGAGUAUAGCCUGGAUGGCAUCUUCUUUGAGGAUCAGCUCUUUGAGGAGGAAGAGGAGGAUGAGGAUGACAACUCCUUUGACAGGAAUCACAUGACUUACUCCCACAACCACCUGGAUGCUGAUUGAGGUCAGCUGCCCUGGACCCACGGGGGCGAGGGGCAGAACCACUGCUGCUUCCUCACUGCCCUGAUGCCUGCGGAGCGCAAAGCCCCAUUUGCCAGGAAGAGCUGGUACAUCUGCUCCCAGCGCCCCCAGUCCCACCCUGAGCUGGGCUGCCGUGAACUCUGCAGCAGAGCCUGGUGGGAGGACAAGGGGGGCUGACACCCUCAUCUUCCCCAGGCAGCUCCUGCCAGGCUAAAGUGCGAAAGCUUUUGUUAGCACAGCCCUGGGUGUUGGCAGGGGAGACGCAGGGAGCUGGUCCCAGCUGGGGACUGGAGGGCAGGCAAGGUCUGCACUGCUGACAAGAUAUGGGACGCUGGUCCUGUCCAAAGGUGGACUGGAGCCACCCCGACUUUUGGUGUGGGUGCUUGUGAGCUCCCAGUGCAUGAAUCGUGGGGGCAGGGACCUCCCCAGGCCUGGGCGCUGGUCUGGCUCCUGCGAACACCCUGGUCCCACCCGCUCCCUCAGCACUGCUGAUGUGGCUGGCAGACAGCAGCCCCGCUGCCUCUGGGCCGCCAGGCACCCUGGCUCUGCCAGGAGCGUCUCUGAGGCCUGCUGGGGUGGAGACGGAACAAAAGGUCUGCCUUGUGUGCAGAUGCCUGUGAGGGCGACGUGCACGAGAGGAACUUUGGACCUGUCCCACUGGUACCUGCCUGCUGCCAGGCUGCUGUGGGGAGGGAGCGGGCAGCAGGUGACCUGCUCCUCCUGCUGUUACCAAAGAUGCCAGAGGGCUCCAGCUGGUUGGGCUGUGCCUCUGCCUUGGCUUAAAUCCUGCAUGGAUACCAAAAACCCCAGCGCCUCCCUGGCACAGAUGCAGCUCGGCUGGCCCCUCCACAUGCAUUUUGCCGGGCUUGGGAGGAGGCAACCUUGAAGUCUGCUCUGUGCCCCAUGCGCUUGCCCCACUCCCCACAGCUGCUCUGAUGUGGCGGAGGCUGUGCUCAGCCUCCCUCUCCCCGUGCCUGUCUGCCAGUCUGUCCCAGGGCUGAGGAUGAGUGUGGAUGUGCUGCUUUCUCCCUGCCUCGCUGGCAAUUAGGUGCUAGCAACUGCCUGUCCCCGUGAAGCUGGUGCCCUCCGCCUUUAACCUUCUGUUGCAUGGGCCCGUCCCUGCUGUGCUGUUCUCCUGGCUGGUGCAGGCAGGGGAUGGGGGUGGCCCUGCCUGUGUUCCUGCCCCCCAGCUGGCCAGGGGGCUCUGCUCCCCAGCAGCCAGCUCAGUGCUGCUGGUCCUUGGCCUUGCUGAAGCACAAAGCUGGAGGGGAUGCCGCAAUCUAUGCAACUUUCUAAGCAAUAAAGCUGCCCUCUGCAGCCUUGCGGCCGUGCUGCUGCCCGGGGCCUGGGCUCCCACAGCCUGGCCCGUACUUUGCCUGCGCCACUGCCAUAGCUUUUUGCUGUUGGUUUGUUUCUGUCCCAGGUUUAUUCCCCUGCCCUUGCUGCACUAUCCUCCCUGCUCUGGUGUGAGCGGCCUCUGUUAUUAUGUCCCUCCAUCUUCUCUGUGUGGUUAAAGACUGACUAUAUUUUUAAUAAAGAUGUAUUUUGCAGGUUUGA